ACAAAUGUUUUAUGGCCCAAAAAUGGGCAAAUAAACCUCUGUGUGAACAUAGCCUUUAAAGUGAGUCUUCCACCAGUUCCCCACACAUUAAUCCGCUUACACCACUGUUUAGCAGAAGUGACCGUGUAAUUGACCAUAUCUUUGUUAUAUUUUAGUACUGCACCUAUGUCUAGAAAAAAUCAUCUUAAAGUAAUAUGCAAAUGUGCCACUUGGUGCACUUGGGGGAGCGUGGCUGCACCACUUUGGCCACCCAGAACACCCCUCCCCUCUAAUGCCUCUCCAAGCCCCGCAGAACGAUCAGUGUGGGUGUAUAUUUCUGUGAUUUUAGAUGUUGCAAAUUGGCCCUAAAGUCACAUGUGAAGAGGGUGUGCCCCCCUUCCUCCAUGCAAAACCAUGCCCCCCUUUCUUCCCCAGGGUGCAAAUUUCUCAAAAGGCGCACAUUUUUAAGCAGAAAUGGGGAUUUUUUUUUUAGCAGAAAUCUCUAGAAUUUCAGGCACAUUUGUAGUUGUCUGCCAUAGAGCCUCUGAGCGCCCACGCACACCUGCACUGCCGGCUAUCUCCAGAUAAGAGCAUCGAGUCCCGUAUCCAGCGGAUACAGACUCUUGAUUUCCUAGGGGUUGUCUGAUCCUGAUUUAAGAUGCUGGAGGCGGCCGGUAUUACGCUGAUCACUGUGGUUCUGAGGAAUCAGCGUCUUAUCUAAUGAAUGUGAUGUGGUAACAGUGAUGAAACAAUAGAAACCAAAUAUAGAUGACCGGUCACACCCUGAGUACACCUACACCUCAAUGUAUAUAAGAUGGUGUGUAGGAUCCCUUCACCACCAGAAGACCAUAGAAGUGCAGCAUCCAGUUCCUUUGCUUUAAUUUACAGGAAAAAGUUUCAGCCUCAAAGCUGAACAUGGGAGGAACAUCUGUGAUCCUGCUGUCAUCCCUGAGUGCGCUCCUUGUGCUGAUAAGUGUCCAAGCAGCAAACAUUGGUUAUGGCGCUAAACCGUGUCCACCAGGCAAAGAAUAUAACGAAUGUGGGAGCGGCUGCACGCAGAGCUGCGAUUACAUUUUAAAGAAAAUGGUUUGUGCCGCUAUGUGUGAACCAGGAUGUUUCUGCCCGAAAGGCACUGUAGAUAAUGGUUCUGGUAAAUGCGUAAAAAUUGAAGAAUGCUGCAAAGGGAACACCACGUACACAAUGGGUAACGACUGCGGCCGCGUCUGCCCGUCACGCUUUAAGAUCGGAAUUGUCUGCACAAAGGAGCUUUACCUUGGCUGCUUCUGUAAACCCGGAUACCUACACCUGGGUGACAGAUGUGUCCUCACUAAGGACUGCCCCAAAAUUACUCCCUUCCAUUAGACAGGAACCUUUAUGUCAAAUAAGGAAUUGUCAAAAUAAAAAUACAAUGAUU